UGACAGCAGGACGUGUCGGUAUUACGACUCGCUAUUUGUUUGAGCGGUGGUUGAGGUUGUGUACAAGUGUUGGUCUGUGUAGUGCUAAAUCAUUUCACCAUAUCAACAUAUGCUGAUAUCCAGUCGAGAACAAAUCGUAGCGUAUCCGACGAUAAUAUUAUAUAUAUAUUUUCAAUCGGCAUAAAAAGUGUCAAAAGACUUGUCAAUCGCUUGAAAGCCGGUUUCCAGAAUAUUUAUCAAACAUCACCUGUAGGGGUAGCUGUCUACGUGGUCGCAAAGAGCGGACGUGCAAAAUCAUGGCUGGUCCCAAUCCAUUCCAGAACCUCCAGAAGGAGCUCACCGUAAAUGGAGAAACCUUCCGCUUUUUCGAUAUCGCUUCUUUCGAGGAGUUCAAGGAACUUCCCUACAGCAUCCGUGUCCUGUUGGAAUCAGCAGUUCGUAACUGCGAUAACUUCCAGAUCCUCGAAAAGGAUGUCCGUGGUAUUCUAAGCUGGAAGUCGACCAAGAGCAUGAAGACCGAUGCUGAGCUGGAGAUCCCGUUCAAGCCAGCCCGUGUCAUUCUGCAGGAUUUUACCGGUGUUCCGGCAGUGGUCGACUUUGCCGCUAUGCGUGAUGCCGUCCUUAAGCUCGGUGGAGAUCCGGAUAAGAUCAAUCCGAUUUGCCCAUCGGACUUGGUGAUUGAUCACUCGGUGCAGGUGGAUUUUGCCCGUACCUCGGAUGCUUUAAACAAGAAUCAGGAUUUGGAAUUCGAGCGUAACAAGGAGCGAUUCACUUUCCUGAAGUGGGGCGCUAAGGCGUUCAACAACAUGUUGAUCAUUCCUCCUGGUUCCGGUAUCGUUCAUCAGGUUAAUUUGGAAUAUUUGGCACGCGUUGUGUUUCAGGAUAAUACCAAAUCGAAGGACGGCGUUAAAAUGCUUUAUCCGGAUAGUGUAGUCGGUACCGAUUCGCACACGACAAUGAUCAAUGGUUUGGGAGUUGUCGGUUGGGGUGUCGGUGGAAUUGAAGCUGAAGCCGUUAUGCUGGGUCAGGCGAUUUCUAUGUUGCUGCCUGAGGUUAUUGGAUACAAGCUAGUUGGUAAACUGAACUCUCUGGUUACUUCAACGGAUUUGGUGUUGACCAUCACCAAGCAUCUGCGACAGAUCGGUGUCGUAGGAAAAUUUGUCGAGUUCUUUGGACCUGGUGUCAGCGAGUUAUCGAUUGCUGAUCGUGCCACGAUCAGUAACAUGUGCCCGGAGUACGGAGCAACGGUUGGAUACUUCCCAAUUGAUCAAAACGCUUUGGACUACCUCCGACAGACAAACCGUGCCGAUGAUAAGGUUCAGGUCAUUGAGGCUUAUCUCAAGGCAACCAAUCAGUUGCGUAACUUUAGUGAUGCAUCGCAAGAUCCAAUCUUUACGCAAAUAGUUGAACUUGACUUGGAUACGGUAGUGACUUCUGUCUCAGGCCCAAAGCGUCCACAUGAUCGCGUAUCUGUCAGCGAAAUGCAGAUGGACUUCCGCGAGUGUCUCACCAACAAGGUUGGUUUCAAGGGAUUCUCCAUUCCGGAAGCUGAACUGUCCACCGUUGGUAGCUUCAGCUGGAACGAUGGUAAGACAUACUCGCUUAAACAUGGAUCUGUCGUCAUUGCAGCGAUUACAUCGUGUACCAAUACCAGUAACCCUUCGGUCAUGUUGGGAGCUGGUCUACUGGCCAAGAAGGCCGUAGCUGCAGGGCUAAAGGUUGCUCCGUACAUCAAAACUUCACUGUCACCUGGAAGUGGAGUGGUCACGUACUACCUGCGGGAGUCUGGAGUUGUUCCAGCUCUUGAAGAACUUGGCUUCCACGUCGUCGGUUAUGGCUGCAUGACCUGCAUCGGUAACUCCGGCCCACUGGACGAUAAUAUCGCUAACACCAUCGAAAAGAACAACUUGGUCUGUUGCGGUGUUCUGUCCGGAAAUCGUAACUUUGAAGGACGUAUCCACCCGAAUACUCGAGCCAACUACCUUGCUAGCCCACUGCUUGUAAUCGCCUAUGCCUUAGCCGGAACCGUGGACAUUGAUUUCGAAAAGGAACCAAUUGGAACUCAACCCGAUGGCAGCAAGGUGUUCUUGCGUGAUAUUUGGCCUACUCGCCAGGAGAUCCAUGCUGUUGAGAAGCAACACGUCAUUCCCGCUAUGUUCCGGGACGUCUACGCGAAGGUGGAGAUGGGGUCGCCUUCAUGGCAGGGUUUGAACGCUCCUACCGGAAAGCUUUACCCAUGGGACGACGUUUCCACUUACAUCAAGCAUCCACCUUUCUUCGAGGGUAUGACUCGUGACCUACCCAAACUUGGCAACAUUAUCAACGCACGUGCUCUGCUCAACUUGGGCGAUUCGGUAACGACUGAUCAUAUUUCCCCCGCUGGUUCUAUUGCUCGUAACAGUCCGGCUGCUCGUUAUCUUUCAACUCGGGGAUUGACACCUCGUGAGUUCAACUCAUAUGGCUCCCGUCGUGGAAACGAUGCCGUGAUGGCUCGUGGAACUUUUGCAAAUAUCCGUUUGGUUAACAAGCUGGUUUCCGAUUCUGGACCACGAACCCUACACAUUCCUAGUGGCGAGGAGAUGGACGUUUUCGAUUGUGCCGAACGGUAUGUUCAGGAAGGAACCCCGUUAAUCGCGAUCGUCGGCAAGGAUUACGGUAGUGGUUCCAGCCGUGACUGGGCCGCCAAGGGACCUUAUCUACUUGGAAUUAAAGCCGUCAUUGCCGAAUCGUACGAACGAAUCCAUCGAUCGAAUCUAGUCGGAAUGGGAAUGGUUCCACUACAGUACCUGGAUGGACAGAAUGCUGAAACUGUGGGAUUGACCGGAAAGGAACAGUUCAGUAUUGUUUUCCCGGAGAACUUGAAGCCACACGAUAAGAUCACAGUAGAAACGGACAGUGGCAUCAAGUUCCAGGUGAUUGUUCGGUUUGAUACCGAGGUGGAUUUGGAGUACUAUCGUAAUGGAGGAAUUCUUAACUACAUGAUUAGAAAGAUGAUUUCUUAAGGAGGUGGAUUUGAAUCGGGUUUGGUUAGAUUAUAGGAAACGUUUAACGUUAUGAUAUUCCUUAUUGAAGGCCUCUUUUUAGGGUAUGCUUUCCUUGAAACAGUACAGUGGAACUUUUUUUAAAUCUAAAUAAAGU